GUCUAUUGCGCAGGCGCCGCAGAGUUAGGGCGCUCAAGGCGGCUUAGUGCAUUGGGUCGGCCAUGGCUGAGGCCUCACGGUGGCACAGAGGGGGGACUCCGAAUCUGCGUUACAGAAAGGAACUAGAGAUUAGAACCACACCUCAGGAGUUGUUACUCUACUUAAUUUUUUUAAUAGACCUAUGUAUAUUGACCUUUGGGAUGGUAAACCCACAUAUGUAUUACUUAAACAAAGUUAUGUCAUCUCUAUUUUUGGAUACUUCUGUGCCCGGUGAUGAAAGAACCAGCUUUAGAGCUAUUCGCAGCAUAACUGAUUUUUGGAAGUUUAUGGAAGGACCCCUUUUGGAUGGUCUGUACUGGGACUCAUGGUACACUAGCCAGAAAGUGUAUGAUUUCAAGAACAGCAGUCGCAUCUACUAUGAGAACAUACUUUUAGGAUUCCCUAGAGUUCGUCAAUUAAAAGUUCGCAACGACACAUGCAAGAUUCAUUCAUCCUUUCAAUCUUUGAUGGAUGAAUGCUAUGACAAAUACACUAGUGGAAAUGAAGACCUGGCUGACUUUGGCCUUCAAAAGGAUACUGAAUGGAAGUAUUCUUCUCCUGCUGUCAGCUCCCCUAGGCAUUGGGGAUUUGUUGGUGUUUACAAAAAUGGGGGAUAUAUUUUCACUUUAUCAAGAUCAAAAUCUGAAACCAAAAACAAGUUCAUUAAUCUUCGACUGAACAGCUGGAUCACAAGAGGAACUAGAGUUGUUUUUAUUGAUUUUUCUUUAUACAAUGCUAACGUAAAUCUGUUUUGUAUUAUUAGAUUGGUGGCAGAAUUCCCGGCAACUGGAGGAAUCCUUACUUCAUGGCAGUUUUACUCUGUGAAACUCCUCAGAUAUGUUACCUUCUAUGAUUAUUUCAUUGCUUCCUGUGAAAUCACAUUUUGUAUUUUUCUUAUUGUCUUCACGGCACAAGAAAUCAAAAAAAUAAGAGACUUUAAGUCUGCCUAUUUCAAAAGUAUUUGGAACUGGUUAGAACUGCUGCUAUUGGUGUUGUGUUUUGUGGCCAUUUUCUUCAAUGCAUACUGUAAUAUACAAACUUUUCUCUUACUUGGACAGUUAUUAAAAAAUUCUGAAAAAUAUUCAGAUUUCUAUUUUCUUGCAUACUGGCAAGUUUAUUACAACAAUAUAAUUGCUGUUACCAUCUUCUUUGCAUGGAUAAAGAUAUUCAAAUUCAUAAACUUUAAUAAGACAAUGUCUCAGCUGUCAUCCACCUUGUCCCGCUGUUUCAAAGACAUAAUAGGAUUUGCCAUCAUGUUUUUUAUCAUAUUCUUUGCUUACGCUCAAUUAGGAUAUCUUGCUUUUGGAUCACAGGUUGAUGACUUUUCCACUUUCCAAAAUUCCAUAUUUGCACAAUUUCGAAUUGUUCUUGGAGAUUUUAAUUUUGCUGGUAUUCAGCAAGUCAGUCGUGUCUUGGGACCCAUUUACUUCGUCACUUUCAUCUUUUUUGUGUUCUUUGUCCUGCUGAACAUGUUCUUGGCUAUAAUUAAUAACACCUAUUCUGAAGUGAAAGCUGAUUAUUCAUUAGGCAGAAGGCCAGACUUUGAACUUGGUAAAAUGAUUAAAAAGAGUUACAACAAUGUUCUCGAAAAACUCAGACUAAAGAAACCCAAAAAGGAUGAAGACAAAAGUAUGAAAACGGGGGAUUUGGCUGAAAAAGCCAGAAGAGAAGGCUUUGAUGAAAAGGAGAUUCAAAGUGCAGAGCAGAUGAAAAAAUGGAAAGAGAGGCUUGAGAAAAAGUAUUAUUCUGCAGAAAUUCAAGAUGACUACCAGCCUGUCACUCAUCAAGAGUUUCGAGAACUCUUUUUAUAUGCCGUGGAACUGGAGAAAGAAUUACACUAUGUCAGUUUGAAACUAAACCGAGUGAUGAGAAAGGUUUCAGCUCUACAGUAAGACAAAUGGAGAUUUCUACAAGGAAAUCAACAACAUGGCCUUAUUUUACACCCCCCUGACCUGUAGGCAGCCACGAGCUAUCCUCUCCACAUGGUCCUGGCUGGGAUAAUUCAAAGACUUGAGAUCAUUAAGACAAGGGAACACCUGAGGUCUCCAUUUUUUCUCUUUUAACAUGUAGUGGGAAAAUAAAUAAAACAUUUUCCGUGACU